UAAAUUGGAAACUUUUCUAAGAAAACCACAUGUUGCUUCAAUAAUUUUCAUUCAUUCGAUAUAUAUAGACAGAACUGGACCCCUCAACAAAAUGUUAAAGUGGACGGUAAUGAACAAACGUACAUCAACUGUUACCGCAACACAGCUACCCUCUAUAAGUGGUGGAUGUGAAACAAGUAAGGAAAACACCACUAACAGAAAGACACCAAAAGGUCUACGACAUUCACAACAACACAACACAGCGGCAUCUAGUGUACAACGGCGGCAUACAUUCAAUAAAAACCACAAUAAAUUAAAAACACCAUCUUCAGCGUUAAAUCGUCGACAUAGUCAUGCGGGUGGCGGAGCAGACGACGGUGGGAGCGAUAAAAAAUGGGACAAGGAAAAUCAAUUUUUUAAUUCAACACCAAAAACAAAAGAUUCUAUAUCGUACAUACGUUUUGAUACGAUCGCAUUGCGUGACGUGAGUAAUAUUACACCGACGAAUAACACACCUCCCGGUAGAAAUAUUAUUUGUAAUAAAAGAUGUCGUAGUCAACCCCACGAGAAUAAAUAUCUUUCAAUAAAACGGUCCGAAACAAAUGAUAUUAGGAAUAAAUUGACAUUUACACCGCCAUCAUCGCAUAGACCUUUCACCAAUACCAAUGAAAAUACACCAACGACAAAAAAAUUAUGUUUACGUCAUCCAAAUUCACCACAAGUUAUAAAAAAAGCAACACGACGAUCGUUAGUAACAAAUUUUGAAUUACCCAUACCAAGUAAAAAUGUUUUAAAUACAUAUCCCGGAAAAGAAUUUAUACAACAAAUUCGAGAAAGUAAACCAGCACCCCCUGCUGUAGAAAUAAUUGAAAAUACUUUGGCUGGAGAAAAACCAAAUACAUAUGCAUCGACGUUACCCACCUUUCAAAUUGAAUACUCUCCAUGUCCGAUGCGACCGACUCAAAGUUUAUUAGGUAUAAGUAAAGCCGCCCCACAAGGACCAUCUAUGUUACCACCUUAUAAAAGUGUAGGAAUUUUACCAAAUUUUAAUAAUGAAAUUUUAGCGGAAAAUUGUCCUUCCAUUAAAAAAUCGAAAAUUGAUUACGUUAAUGAUUUUUUAACGCAAAUUUCAUCGGUUGCUUCACCAGAAGAUAUAGGAAUGCAAUUUACGAACUUAAAAAAACAAGCGAAAAAACCUUUAACUUCCAUUUCUGUUACACCUCUUGCAAAUCGGUUUGCUGAUUUGCGAUUUAGUAAAAUUUUAAGCGAUAGUUUAAAAUCGGAUGAAUUUGAUAGAUUGCCUUUGGAUCAAAUGGUGGAAGAAAUUUUAGAAAAUACAACAUUAGUAGUAAAUUCUGAUAUUAGUCCAGAAAUAUAUAAUGAGCGGGAAGUGAAAACACCUGAACAUAAAUUAAGCGAAACUCCAUCUAAAUUGAGUUUUGAAAAUUUAAAUAUUUGCUCUAGUCGAAAAGGGAUAAAACGAAGUAAUUCAGCCACAGAAAAUUCCACAGAUAAUUCCGAUGGUGGGUUUACGCUUAAACGGCAAAAAUGUGUACGAAGAAAACGAUUUGAAUUUCGGGAAGCAAACAAUAACGCAUUAGUUUUGGACAAUGGAAUACCAAGUCCAAAUUCAGCGUAUAAAAACGUUAAUCAAAAUAAUUCAAUCACAAAAAGCUCAAACUAUAAUUUAAUUUCAAUUGAUCAGGAAAUGCAGUUGAAAAGACGACCAAUUGUACUUCCUGAUGAGCCCUUAACGCCGAAAAGUGAUUUAGAUAUUGAACAACUAUUAAGAGAAAACUUAGAAGAAACGCCACUAAGUUUAUUUCCCGGAUAUAGAAAAAUUAAUUCACGACAAAACAUGUUAACUUUACCUGAAGGCAUACCUAGUCCUGGCACACCAUUGUCUAGUCUUAAGAAACGACGUAUUGCUCGAAAAUUAUCCCCUAAAGUGCUAUCGGAUACAUUUGUUAUUGAUCCAGAACGAUCACAGAUGUUUGGUUUAACAUUAGAAAAUGGUAUUCCGUCACCACCCGUGUGUGCGUUAGAAAAGAAACAAGAUAGAAGUUUUGAAGUAAUGGAUACGCCAUACAGCGAACCUUGGACGCCUGUUUUAGAUGAUAAGAAAAUAAGAACACGAAGGUGCUUAGAUUUUCUAUCACCUGAUUCUAGUUUAGAUCUAGAUCUUAGGAGUAGUGAAAAAUGUACACCGGUAGUAAGACGCUGUAAAUCGAAGGAUAAUUUUACGGCACGAGGAUCCAUUAAUUUAUCAAUGCGAUAUGAACAUGGUAGAUUAUUAGUUCAUGUUAUUGGCUGUAAGGACCUUUAUCGACCGAAUGAAAAAUCAGUUAAUGCUUACGUUAAGGUUUCGUUAAUUUCUGGCACAAGUGGAGGUGAAAAUGAUAGCACAGCAAAGGAACGGUCUGCCGGUGGCUUACAUCGAACAGCCGUCCAUAAAAAUUCCACAAAUCCACAUUUUGAUCAAAUGUUUUGUUUUGAUAUUUUGACAAAAUCAGAUAUGACAAAGCGUAUACAAAUUGCGGUUUGGCAUAGAGAUCGAGAGUACCGGCGUAGUGAAUUUUUAGGAUGUACCACGUUCGCAGUGAAACAUGCUAUUAAAAAGGAAAUUAGUGGAUCAUUUAAGUUGCAAUCACAACCAACAAAUCGAGCACCUCAACAUUUACCACCCUCAAGGGAAAGUAACAGCAACAUAUCAAUACCUCAGCAACAGCAACAGAAUAUCACCUCAACAGAAAAAACAGAAAAUCAACAAACAUUAGUUCCUUCAACUUGUUCUUCAACAUUCCCAACACCUCCAAAUGAAAUAGUCUCGUCCAAUACGGCAGAGACUGAUACACCUAAUAAUAAUAACAAAGAUUUACUGCAAAACGAAUCAAAUAAUCACAGCAUGGGUGAUUUUAGUCAAUCAAGUGUUGAGGAAAUUGUUUCCUUGGAUGAAAUGCAAGACAUUGUAACCCAAGAUUUAGGGAAAUCUUCAUCAAAGAAAAAAUUAAAUGAACAACAAAAAGUUGCUGAUGAAAAUAUAUUUUUAAGAUAUUUAGAAUUAGAUCCUACCGAAGGUCCAGAAGCUAUACCGGCUGCUUUACAACGAAAAGCCAGUGGAAAUAAAUCUGGUCGGACACCUUUUACCACAACAAAACGGCUAACACGUCCCCCUGAAAGUGGAUUUGGUUUUUCUGUUGUAUGGACACAUCCGCCACGAGUAGAAAGAGUAGAACGUGGUUUACCAGCAGAGCGAGCUGGUAUUUUACCUGGCGACUAUAUUAUAUUUGUCGAUAAACAUAAUGUUGUCAUGAUGCCAGAAGUUGAUAUAUUAAAUUUAAUUAGGUCUUAUGGUAGUCAAUUAACAUUAGAAGUGUAUCGACGACAGGUUGGUGGUAGUUCAUCCGUCGCUGCAUCAACAACACAACAACCUCGUUCAUCUACAGCAUGUUCAAUAAAUACAACAUCUGAUUAUAAUCGACGAAGGCUUCAUCUGCCUCAAGUAACAUUUACUUCAGAGGUUGGCGGUGCACAAAGUCCCGAAGAUGUACGAAAACGCACACUAUAUCAGCUUAUACAUCGUGAACAACAAUAUGCGACAGCAAUGCAAUUUUCAAUGGGUCGAUUUGUUGCACCAUUAGCUGAACGAACUGAUUUAUUAGCACCAUCUGACCAUCGGGCAUUGUUCCAAAAUUCACAAGAUCUUUUACAACUAACAGAAGAAAUAUUAGAUCAUAUAAUAUUAGAAGAUGGUGAACCACAUACUCAUUUAAUACCAAAAGUAUAUAGUGAACGUGUUGCAAUAAUGGUUGCAUUAUAUAAAAAAUAUUGUGCUGGUAUCAAGAAAGCUGAUUGUGUUUUAGCAAAUAAAACAAGAAAUACAAGUUCAGAGUUUGUUAGAUUUUUACAUAAUCCAACAAUACCACGACGACGUCCUGACAUUACUGGUUUUAUACAUAAACCAUUAGAGCAUUAUAGAGAAGUGUUAAAAUUAUUACAAACAGUGUUAUCGAAUACAAAAUCAAAUCAAGAUGAUUAUCAGAUGAUAUCAAAAGUUGUUCAAGAAUUGCAGAAUUCGUAUCGAGAGAUUACAUCGAAUUCUGGUUUAAUGGAACCCGUUGGAGAGGGUAGACCUUUAUUAUCAAUUCAAGAUUUAGAAAGUCGACUAGUUUUUACACGAUGUAAACCUUUUGUUUUAAAUGUACCUGGGAGACAAUGGAUUUUUGGUGGUGAUUUAAGUCGUGUAGAAGGCAGAAAUAUUCGACCAUAUUGGGCAUUGUUAUUUAGUGAUAUUCUUCUAUUUGCCAAAGUAUCUAGGGAUAGAGUAUUAUUUAUAACCGAAGAACCAUUACCAUUAAUAAAUGUAACAGAAGUAUUUUUCAACAUUAGAAAAAAAGCUACAGAAUUUAGGAUAAAUAUUACACCUGGAGGAAAACCUGCUGAAAGUCCGACAGCGCAUUGUGGCCCAGAUUUAUCUCGUACACCAAGAAAAGGUUUAAGGAGGAGAUGUGUUGUACUAAGAGCACCAAAUAAUGAAUUAAAAGCAGUAUGGCAAAAUCUUCUUCAGAAGCAAAUAUACCUUGUACAUUCUGGAAUCGGAUUGACACCAUUAAGUUCCCCGAUGGAUUCACCAGACGCACCAAUAACAUCGUCCUAUCUGAAAAAAGUAUCUUUGCAUAACUCUAUACCUGAUAACUCACAGAAACAAUUGAAUGAACUUAUAGAACAUAAAUGUAGACAAUUAGGCAAAAGUGGUACAAAUAAAGGUAGUGCCUUACAUUUGGCACAAUGGAUAAAAGGUGAAUUAGGUACAAAUAAUAAUAACAUUCAUGCGGAUGGCCAUGGUGAUGAAAGUGCAGAUGACGAAGUUGAGCCAGAAGUAUGGACUGAAGAAGAACUACGUCGUCGUUCACGUGAAUUACAUUUAAUUGAUACUGACAUGUUGAUUAAUUCAACGAAUAAUAUUGAGACACAACAUCGUCAUCAUAAUGGUAUACGUGCGAAAGAGUAUUUGGAACAACAGCGAUGUGAUUCUGUACUCUUAAGUGAUAUUGAUGGUAGCCCAUCGAAAAGUACAACUUCUGGAAGUCAAAUUACAGUACGCUCUAGUCCAUUAGUACCUGAAAAAGUUCCUGUAUGUCGACAAUGUCAUAAGACAUAUUUAAGUCAUAAUUCAAAUUAUUGCAACAAUCAACACUACUGUGAUUCAGAAUUUAAUAACAAUCAAGAAAUUAACAAAGAAAAUUCUAAUAACGAUCCAUAUUCUGAUGAUUGGGGUUCACUAAUGUUAAUGGGUUUAAGCGCAAUUAAUCCAACAACAUCGUUAAUACAAAUGGAUCCAUUUGCUCCAAAAAAUGCACCAAAAAAAAAAGAAGUACCAAAAAUAUCAGUCUUACCGCCAACGCCAGACACAUUACCACGAAAUACGAACGAAGGAUCGCAUUUUCCUCUUACCACAGAUCAAGAUAAAUCAUCACCGAAAUCAUCUCCAAAGCAUUCACCGAAGCGAAAAUUACAACUUCAGAAAACAGUGGUUGAUGAUGAAUCACCUGAAGACUCUCCACAAACGGAAGAACCACCAUAUCUUGUAAUGGUACCCAAAAAUCCUGGAUUAAAACGAUAUGGUACGUGGUCAAGUUUAGGACGAAUACCUUCAGAUGAGUUGGUAGAAGCGCCUGAUGACAUUGGUGAUGAACCUUCAUCUUCUGAAGAAGAAGAUGAAGACGAAGACGAUGAAGAUGAUGACGAUGAUAAUAUUGAGCCCAUCACUCAAUCAAUUAUUGGAUGGACUGCACGAGCGGGAUCAUUCGUUGCCGAAAAAAUGGCAAUCUUCGAAAAAUUGGGAGAAGAGUCACGGGCAGCAAUUGCUGGUUACUUAAGACCAGCAGAUUCGCAAAUAAAAUCGGAUCCAGAAAUUGAUUUGGGCAUCGUUAAUUCAGGUGGUCCAGGUAUUGACGACGAAUAUGAGAACUCUGGCGCUACAUCAGGAGAAGAAAUUUGGGGUACACCAACCAGUGGUGGAGAAUUGGACGAAAUUCCAACAUUUCCUAAUUCGCAAGGCGAAUCUCUUUCCUCUCCUCAUGAUUCAACGUCAUCAGCAAACUGUGAUGAAGAUGAUCUUAUGAUGGAUGAAUUGUUAAUGGCUCCGCCAAUGACAGCAUCUGCUGUACGUGGAUUGUUGCCAAGAAGGAGAUUAGAACCUUUAAUGGAAGAAGAUGAUACAGAAAGUUGUACUACAACUGGAGCAUCAGUACCUAACCUGCAUGAUUCAACUCCUUCUCCGGAGCAGGGCAGCGAAUAUGGAGAUGUUGCUGACACAUCAUGUGCUGCCGAGGACACCAAACGAAGCCAAACCGAAUCGUCAACAAAAAGUACUACGUCAACCAAAACACCACCACCCCCACCGCCACGACGAGUCAUACGAAAUACGAACGCAACAACGAACAAACAAACAAAUUUAAUUGGUGUAUGUUCAACAAGCGAA